AUGAAUACAUGUGAGCAACUUCCUGAACAGUUAAACGACAAUUUCCACAAAUCACAGCAAGGACACUAUCCACAUGACCAUCACCUGUUGCUGUGGAAGGACGUCCAGACUUGUAAUCAUCACAGACCAACUUCUGCUCUUUUGAAUACAUCUCGCAUAAUUCAGCAUUCUCCAGUUGCUCCAAACAAAGAUGAAUUUUUGGUAAUAAAUUCUACUUUUAUACAUCUAAAUGUAAGGACAUGGGACACUGGAGGAUGUCCUAUAACAACACUGGUAGUAGAAUAUAAACUGAAAUCUGACAAGAAAUGGACACUCGUCACGAAUAAUUUGAAGUACACAGAAGAGAAAUUUUCUAUUCUUGAUCUUAAUCCUGAGACAGAGUACCAGCUGCGAAUUACUGCGCACAAUAGUGCAGGCUCAACUGUAUCCCUAUAUGAUUUCAUAACAUCUUUCAGUGCCGGAGAAAUUGUUCAACCAGAGCUCAUUAGACAUAGAGGUUAUAGGAGUAAGAAUUUCUAUAAAGAACUUGGCGCCAUAAUUCCCAUCACUGUUGUUGCAUUAACUGGGAUUAUUUGUGGAAUAGGAAUGUUGCUGUAUUUUAGACGAAGGAAACAGAAUAACACAGGUGUCAAGUGUGAAGGCAUGAAUGUUCACGAUACAACUGCCACACCUGAAAACAAAGGAGAUUACUUGAGUAGUGACAUCCCACUGGACCAGAAGUCCGGACACUCUUCUGUGAUGCCAGAGAUAACUGCAAAAGUCAACCCAUAUGCCACAUUUAGACUAACAGAUGAAGAGAAAAUGGAUUCCUUGAUACCUGAUUAUGAAAGUUGCAGUGAAUACAUGAAGAUAAAGAAGAAAGUGGAGAGUGAAGCUGAGGACGUUGACUGGAUACCACUGCACAGUCUUUACCAGGCUCACAGAUACUGAGUUUCAAACAUUCACGAAUGAUAUGAAAUGUUGAGAUGAAAGCCGUUUAAAGACAGGAAACUAAGUGCCUUAUUCUCAUAACUGUUAUGCAGAAGCAUUGAUGUGCAACAAAUAUUUGCAUGUUUUGAAAUACAAAAAUCAUUGACAU